CGUCUUAUCAGUUUUUCCUUCGUAUUUGGCUGCCUGUUUUAUCGUACCUAAAGCGGUGUUUAUCAUCCUUCCAUAUCAGCACCGACCGAGUGGCAGGAUCGUCGGAACAGGUUGCCUACUCCUCCCGGCAUCGGUAACUGAUUGGAACUGAUGACUGAUGAUGGAAAAGCCGUGGUAAUAAGAGCCAUCAAAACAUUGCGACGACGACGACGAGUCCGAGCCGAAACAGCAGCACACGAUGAUAACUGCUGAUAAGGAUUCGUCAUUCACCACACCGGAGCCGAAGAUCGAAGACAACGACGACUACUUCGCCAAGGAGUUCAGUUUAGUAGCGUGCUCCUGCGCGUAAACGGACCAAUCCAGCCAGUCUUAAGUCGUUUCCAGCCGGUAGUGGACGUGUGUGUUCUGUUAGCGAAAAGAGUGUACAGUUUACGAGUGCCCAGUUGGGAAGGAAGGAAGGAAGGAAGGAAGGAUUAUCAGUCCGAUUCGUCUAGUGCCAUUAUUUCGAGAAGAAAUGGAUGAAUUUGCAUUGUGUUGGAAUAACUUUGCGGAUAACAUAGCCAGUGGGUUCCAGAACCUGUACGACCGGGGCGACCUGGUCGACGUGACAAUUGCUUGCGAUGGCAAGCUGCUGAAGGCGCAUAAAAUUGUACUGGCCAUCUGCAGCCCGUACUUCCAGGAGAUGUUCACGAGCAACCCGUGCAAGCACCCGAUCAUUGUUCUCAAAGAUGUUUCGGUCAACGUGAUGCAAGAACUGCUGCAGUUUAUGUACCAAGGCGAGGUCAACGUCAAACAUUCCGAGCUGCAGAGCUUCAUGAAGAUUGCCGAAACGUUGCAAAUCAAAGGUCUGACGGCUUCGCAUAAGAACGAUCGUAGCCCUACGCCAUCGGCCCAGCCAGCCCCCGCCCACCUCAACAGUAAUCGGGCAUCCACUAGUCAGCUGGACCCGUCGAAGCUGAAUUCCUACCUGGCCGCGGCCGCCAAGGAUAGUCUGAAACGGGUUGCCGAUGGCACCUCCGAUCAAUAUCCGAUCCACUACCCCAAGAAAGCCAUCAAACGCUCGACCGACAGCAUGGAGCAGGAUAGCAACUCGGAAUGUAUGGACAAUCUCAGCUCGGAUGAAGCGUACAUCCCGGCGUCACCUCAGGUUUCGAUGGUCGAACAGUCGUUUUCAACUGCCCGUCAGUUUGACCUGUCGAACGUCAAACGGGAGGCGACCAACGAUUCUCUAACGUCGCCCCAGCAAAGUCCCACAAAUUUAGCCACCUCGGCGGCGGCAAUGGGUGCGGCGGCAGCAGCUGCGGCCGCCGGCAUGAAGCUGGGCUUCUCCAGUACGCCUACGCAUCCGUCGGCAACGGCAGCGGCACUGCAUCCGAUGUUCGGCGGAUUCGAUCACAAUAGCACCAGCUUCAGCGGGCUUUCAACCAGUUUGGCUUCGAUGAGUGGAAACGGUGCCAGUGGCGUAGGGCCGGGAGCAGCAUCAGGUGAGGCUGGUAAUAGCACAAGUGGCAUGAAGAUGGGGUCGAUGGAUUAUCCCAGUGAUUACGGUUCGGAUUACGGCAAGGGCGGAAUACUACCCAUACACAUGGAUAUACCGGCGGGUUCGAGCAUUACGAUGCUUUCGUCAACUUCGCUACUGCAUAACAAUUGUAUCUUUAAUCGAAACAACACGGUGGCCACCCAGCAAGGUCUCAAGACGUACUGGUUGUGCAAAUCCUAUCGUGUUUCGAUGUGCCGUGCCCGUUGUAUCACCCACCACGGACAGGUGAUCUCGUCCACCGGAGUACACAACCACCCGCCUCACAUGAAAGGACCACAUGAAUUCUCACACCAAUCCCAACCGCAACCACCUCCUCCGCCUCCGCCUCCACCAAACCUCGGUCCGCCUCAACCGAUUCCUCAAAAUCACCACCACCACCCUCAGGACCACCUUUCCAACAUCCCUCCGGCGCUAAACAACGGCACCUACCCAGACUUUCCUCACAACUCCCACUAUCAACCCAACCCGAACGUGAUGAUGGGACCGCCGCCCAAUCACGACCCCAAUCAGUACCCAUCGCAUCAUCAUCACCACCACCCCCACCCUCCACAGCAACCUCCCUAUCCCGAAAUGCCUCCACAUCACCAUCCUUACCCGACCCACUACACCAAUCCACCACCGAACAUGCCUCCACAAGCGCCCUUGCUUCAUCAACAGCCGCCGCCGCCUCAACUACCGCCCCAAAAUACAGCCGCCCUUCCGGAACCGGAAGCCCCCGAUAUCAAACUGAUUCAACUGCAGCCUGCGGUGCUGCCGUCUGCAGCAACCACAGCUGUCGAUGCCUCGACAAACAGCAUAGCGGGUGUUGACAAUGACGGUGACAACUUACCGAUGCAACCGCCCCAGGCGGUGGCGGCCACAACGGACGCUCCAGACGAAGCGAAUCCGCAGCAUCUUCAGCUCAAGAUUGAGCAACUUUCCUAGUGCGUUCGUGUUUGUGUGUGUGCAAGAGAUAUGAUUUUCAAAAGCAAAGCGUGAUAUUUGAAGCUUAGGUGAAUAAAGGAGAUUCUGAAUUGAAGAAUGUCAUGGUUUUAUUAAAGUUUGUUGCUCGUUGUCAAUUAGUGAAAAUGUUCCGGAUCAAUAUCAGUGAAAUAUGAAGCCAGUGCCAACAAUUUGGUCGUUAGAAUUGAAAUUACAAUAGUUUUAUGAUUGAACUUAAUUCGGAGCUUGGAUCAUUCAAUAAGAGAGGCAUGAAAAACUAAAACCCGCAUACUGCGAUGUUUUUUUUUAUAAUCCAUUCGCAAAUAGUCGAACUCCAUAUUGUAACAAAAUAUCAUGCUUAAAAUUGAUAUUACAAGCUCCUCUGAUAU